AUGCCACCAAAACAGUCUACUGGUGCGGGCGGCCGCGGUCAACCAGCCGGGAGCGUUAACAAGUCCAGCGCUGCUACAAAAACGGCAGCCAACUCGAGUAAACGCGCAACAGCCAAUACCACUACUGGUGCCAACAAGAAGAGAAAAGCCACACUCUCCGACGAAGAGAACGACUCUGGCAGACGACGAACCCAGCCAGAAGUGGAGGAGGAGGAAGAAGACGAAGACGACGAAGACGACGAAGACGACGAGAGGGAGUCGAUCCCGCCUGAGCUACUCUCAAAGAUCGUUCACGAGCUGUUUGAGCACAAGGAAACCAAGAUCACCAAGGACGCUAACAAUGCUCUGUCGGGGUAUAUGGAUGUUUUUGUGAGGGAGGCGAUCGCGCGAGCGGCUGCGGAGAGGAAGGGGGUUUUUUUGGAGGUGGAAGAUUUGGAGAAGGUGGCGGCGCAGUUGGUUUUGGAUCUUUGA